AUGUCCCCCUCCCCAUCAACCUGGCACUUCGAUAUAGACAGCUACCUCAACCCCUUCGUGCCCGCGCCAAGAUGGCAUCUCGUCCCAAAACCCAUCGCCCACAUGCUCGGGCAUCGUGAUAGCCCCGUCAAACCAAUAGGCAACAUCCUCAUCGCCGGCUGGUCACUGCUGGGGGCCUUCUGCGGCGUGGCACUAGUCGCAUCUGUUUCGAAGCGGGUGCCUUCCUUCGAAGCGCGGGACGCGCCUGCCAUUGUGGGCAGUUUUGGCGCUGCAGCCGUGAUCGAAUUCUGCGCCAUCGACUCGCCCUUCGCUCAGCCCCGUAACGCAAUCCUCAGCCAGGUCGUCGCGUGCGCCGUCGGCGUCAGCAUUGCGAAGUUAUUCGCGCUCAGCCCGGCUGCCGAGCAGUACACGGAGCUUGGGGGCGCGCUUGCUUGCGCUCUCACCACGGCCAUCAUGCUACUGACUAACACGGUGCACCCGCCGGCGGGCGCGACGGCGCUGUUGGCAGUCACGAAUGAGCAGACUGCGAGGCUGGGCUGGUUCCUGUUUCCGGUUAUGUUGCUUGGUGCUGUGCUGAUGCAGGUUGUCGCUGUUGUGGUUAAUAAUGUUCAGCGGAGGCGGUUAGUUGUUGAGGCUGGGGAUGUGCUGGUUCCUGAUGGGUUGUGGGUUUCUGAUGAGGAGAGAGAGGUUUUGGAGAGGAUAAGUGGGCGAAUUUGA